AAUCCAAUCAGAGCUGCCGGCUGUAACUUCUUCGUCUUCCAUAAAAGUGCGUGCCUCCGUCCAUUGUCGCCGUCUUCUUCUUCUUCUUCUUGUGCUCAAAACCGCCACGUCCCGAAGUCAACGACCAUGAAGCCAAAGUCAUUCAACCCCGCCUCACAGACCCACCACUCUCUCCGGCCGGCGCUCAACUUCCCCACCGAUCCCCACCUCUCCCUCACCUCCUUCCUCUUCAGCCACGCCUCUGCCCACCACCCCCACUGCCUCGCCCUCGCCGACGCCGACUCCGGCGAGUCCUUUACGUUCGCCCAGCUGCAGACCCGGGUCUCCACCUUCUCCCACGUCCUUCUCCACCAGUUCCGCAUCGCCAAGAACGAUGUCAUCCUCAUCCUCUCCCCGAACUCCGCCCACUUUGCCAUCUGCUUUCUCUCCAUCGUCUCUAUUGGCGCGGUGAUCACGACCUCUAACCCCCUCUACACCUCCUUCGAGCUCUCGAAGCAGGUCAAUGACUCCAAGCCCAAGCUCGUGAUCACAUGCCCCGAACUCUUCAACAAGGUCGAGCAAUUCGGGCUGCCGACAAUACUGUUCGGAGCGCCGGCCUCUACCGCAUCCAACAAACCGAAGGUAUGGAACUACUUCGACCUCAUCAGGACCGAAGACCCGAGGUUGGAAUUCCCACCAGUUGCGGUCACGCAGGAUGAUGUGGCGGCGCUAAUGUACUCCUCAGGGACCACGGGAACGAGCAAAGGCACGAUCUUGACCCACAGGAACUUCAUCUCGACCUCGCUGAUGGUGACUUCCGAUCAGGACCGGUACCGGGAGCCCCGGAACGUCUUCCUCUGCUUCCUGCCGCUGUUCCACAUAAUGGGCCUAUCCACGAUUCUGUACUCGCAGCUCAGGAGAGGGAACACCGUGGUGCUGCUGAAGCAGUUCGAGCUUGAGAAUGUGCUGAGGUGCGUGGAGAAGUACAGGGUCACCCACUUGUAUGUUGCCCCGCCCGUGAUGGUUGCGUUCGCAAAGCAGUUGAUUCUGGUAAAGAAGUAUGAACUGUCCUCUCUCAGGCAGAUCGGCUCAGGGGCAGCACCACUCGGUAAAGACGUAAUGGAGGAGUGCUCGAAGAUUUUCCCCCAGGCUAAAAUCUUUCAGGGAUACGGUAUGACCGAAACUUGUGGAAUUAUUUCGAUAGAGGAUACGGUGGAGGAACCUCCGCUUUCAGGUUCAACAGGAACACUUGUCCCGGGAGUUGAGUCCAAGAUUAUAAGCGUCGAGACAAUGAAGCCUCUUCCGCCGAACCAGUUGGGAGAAAUUUGGCUUCGUGGCCCGAACAUGAUGCGAGGUUAUCUCAACAAUCCUGAGGCAACAAAGCUGACAAUAGACGAACAGGGUUGGGUCCAUACCGGAGACCUCGGGUAUUUCAACGAUGAGGGACAACUAUUCGUCGUAGAUCGGCUAAAAGACCUGAUCAAGUGUUACGGGUUUCAGGUGGCGCCUGCAGAGCUCGAAGCCCUCUUGCUUUCUCAUCCGGAAAUAUUAGAUGCUGUGGUCAUUCCGUUUCCCGAUGAGAAAGCUGGCGAGGUCCCAAUAGCAUACAUCGUUCGAUCACCCAGCAGCUCUAUCGCUGAGACAGAUGUGCAAGAAUUCGUCUCAAAGCAGGUUGCACCGCACAAAAGGCUACGGAGAGUGAACUUCAUAACCAGUGUCCCGAAGACAGCGGCUGGGAAGAUACUCAGAAGAGAGCUCAAAGAGAAGGCUCGGUCCAUGAUAUAGAUCGCCUUUUAGUACGGCGAAACCAGUCAGCCUGAAAAUAAAUCAUUAGGCUCACGGAAUACAAAUGCUCCCAUUUAUGCUCAUUCUAUGUCAUUAUGGAUAUGGUAGGCACUUCGAUCUCCAGUUGAGGCAAUUCCUUCUUGGAUUGGUUUCAAACAAUAUUGGGCUUGGAAUUCGUCCCCCCUUGUUUAUGGGCUCGGUAAGAUGAAGCCCAAAACAGAAACCAGCAGAACGGCCCAUAUGUAUCUUAGGCCCAUGGACUAGCUUGCCGAUCUUUAGCAAGUAAAUUAGAGAGACGGUUGCUUUACCACAUUAGUGAGCCGACCGGAUUCGAAUUGAAUUAGUUGGGCCCAGUGAGCUUCCAAAUACCAUAUUGUACGGUGAAAAAAAA